AUGAUGGUUGGUAGAACAUGUGUAGUGGUAGCUCAUCGGCUAUCCACGAUACAGAAGGCAGACUCCAUUUCUGUGAUAGAGAAUGGAAAGGUUGUGGAACAAGGUUCUCACAAUGAGCUACUUGCCAUUGGACGUGGAGGAGCAUAUUUAUUCAGCUUCAAAACAGCCACUCUGCUUAACAGCUGA